CGCACUCGCGAGAUACGAUAUACGAUGUCCUUAUCCUCGACGACUCGAGCAAGAUGUCGACCACCGAGCUGAAUCCGAGACCCUUGCGGAUUUCUCCUUUUAUCAAGUUUUGCCGCUGGAGUCUACUCCUUACUGGAAUCGCUUACGGCGCAUACCAUCAUAGAAGAUUCAAGAGGAAAGAGGAUGCUCGCAGAGCAGAGGAACUGAGACUUAAACCUGCACGUGAUGCCAAGCUAGCCGAGGAGAAGAGACUUGCUUUAAUAGCGGAACAAAAAAUGCUUGACGAGUUUUUCUUACCCAAAGCAAAAUAAGCAUAAUUUGUUUGAUGUUAUAGUAUAUAUAUAUCACAAAAUACUAAUUGAUUUAUAUGUAUCUAUAGAACUAGUCGACGUGCUGCUCCAACAUCAUUGUCACAGUCAGAGAUAAUAAAUUCUACAUUGUACAAAAAUAAUAAAGAUCUGUAAAAAUAUAAAAUGAA